AUGGCGGAAAUCACAGAACAGUCGGUAGAUUUGGCUCAAAUGGGUCAGAAUAUACCAGUCUUCAGAAUCAACCUUUCACUCCCGCCAAUUGAACGAUAUGUCGCAUUGGCAACAUUGUACCGCGAUAGAAUGCGUGCCUUGCGAGGCAUGUUCGACGAGCUGAUCAAGUCCAUCAAUCCCAAAAUUCCAGUUCAGCUGAUACACAAGCUUGCUUGGCUCUGUCUGCGCAGGCUUCACACCAGGGAUGAAACCGAGGAAUUGCGAGGGAUCAGCCGCGCCACCGAUAUCGACAUAUACCUGCUCAUCUGCCUGAAUACAGUGCUUGACCUGCUCAUGGGCUGCACAAGUGGCGGGGUACGAGUAUGCUCCAGUGCAUCUGGGACAAGAAUGCUGCAUUUCAGGACUCUGGAUUGGGGCAUGGAUCCGUUGCGCGACUUAAUUGUUCAGUUAGAAUUCGUUCGCGAUGCGGAUCCGGAGAAAGUGAUAGCAACUAGCAUCACUUACGUCGGAUUUGUUGGUGUGCUCACGGGCGUGAGGCAGGAUUUGAGUGUCUCACUCAAUUUUAGGCCUGUGCAUGAUACAACCCGAAAUUAUGCAUUCUAUGCCAAUCAUCUCUUCGUGCUUCUCGGAUUGCGGCAGUCCAUCUCUUCGCUGCUGCGACAGUGCAUAUUGCUUCCGACUUCUGAAGCCCAUCAUAAGAAGCCACUUUUUACAACUCUGGCUGACAUCGUUGCCAAUGUCCCUGGCAUUCCCACAACAGCCGCUUAUCUGAUCUUCAGUGAUGGAUCAUCAACGGUGGCUAUGGAGAAAGAUCACCGAACAGCAGUCGUGCGCUCCUCAUCGUCGUUCAUCGUCGCAACAAAUCAUGACCAAGAGGAAGACUCAACACCACCAGAAACCGUGGCCGAUGCCAAAAGAAAGAACCAUGUCGGUCUCACCUUGGUUUCAGACGGGAUGCAGGUUAUGGCGGAUCUGGUUGAGGACAGCAACGUGCGCCGGGAUUGUAUGCAGUCAAAAUGGGAUCAUGAGGUUCGAAAACGAAAAGCAGUAGCGGAUCAACUUCCCUCGAAGCGAUCCCGGAUCCUUGCUGAGCCAUCAGGUUCGAGAUCAUCAUUGCGAUUGCGAAAACUGAGAGAAGAAGAGCAGAUUGAGGUAGAAGCGGAACAAAAGCGGAUCGCAGCUUUGAACAUGGAUGAUGGCUCUGAUAUUGCUAUUAAAGAGGGUCGUGUGGUGGACUGGCUGGCGUCGUAUCCUGUUCUGAAUGAAUGUACGCACUAUGCCACUAUCAUGGAUCCAUCAAAGGGCAAUGUGGCUUGGGCCAGACGGUACGAUACGAGUGAAUGGGACUGA